GUUGAACGAGACGUGAACAAGAAUAAGUGGAGUCGUUUUCAAAAGAUUUAUCUAGUAGUUUUGCUUAUUAAAAUAACUCUACACACAUUCGUCGGUCUAAAAUGGCUGAUAAACAUUAUGUGGACGAUCUUUACGAGAUGGACUGCCCGAAAUUUGUUGAUUUCAAUGUGCCACAAGACAUGAACGACAACGCCGACGAGUGGUUCAAUUUUGAUCAUGAGAACGGCAUUCCAAUCAAAUUUGAAGACGAGACCACUGUAUGCAGCUCGGACGGCGCCAAAGAGAAAGCCACCGAAUCUUCCUCGGAAGAAAUGAGUAUCGAUAAAUCUGAUGCGGAUUCUGCUUCUGCUCCAGAGUCCUCAUCUGGGCUGGGGAUGUUGAGCUCUGGCCCGGAGAUUGUGAGCUCUGGCUCAGAGAUUUUGAGCUCUGGCCCAGAGAAUUUGAGCUCUGACCCGGAAGAGCCAACAGCUGCCUCAUCGUCUGAGAAAGUGUCAUCCUCAGAGAUGUCAGCAGACAGCUUGGAGGUGUCAGACAGCUUAGAGACCAAAACAGUUGAAAAAUCUACAAGGCAAGAUCGAUCGAUUGGAAGAGAACGAAAAAGAUCACAUGUGAAAAAGCCUGUGAUCGAGGCAGCCCCAAGACCAACAGCGCGGACGUCCCCACGAUUGCACGUUCGCCGUUCUGCUGACGCUGUAAGAACGAAGCGCAGCAGCACCUCUCAAGCCACCAAGAGGCGAUCGGCUAACCCAGGGUUGAGCCAUCAGCAGCGUGGUCGGGCAUCACCAUCAGAUCCCUCAAUCCACAAAAGGCGUAAAAUGGGAAAUGAAUCCAUGAUCAGCCCAACAGGGAAGAAAGUCUCGUGCCCUAAAUUGAAGACAAAGCUGACACUUGCGACAACACCUACCUUGCUUAAACACAACUUUGGCAAGGCCGUCCAAGCAAAAUCAACAGUGCAGCUUGAGAUGGAGAAGAUAGAGCACUUCCGUCAGGAGCUAGCCGCCAAGCGGAAGCAGUCCCAACAGUCCUUCAAGGCAGUCAAGGAAUCCGCUCCUCACUUGCCCGUACGCUCAUCGACCAAAGCCACCAAGGCAGAGGCCUUCAAGUUUGAGACGGAUUCCCGCCUCAAAAGCCACCCCAUGGAGACAAGAAAUGAUGCGAGGACGCCAAACUUUCAGGGGAAUCUGCGCAAAUAUAGUCCUUCAUCGAAUGCCAAUCAUGGGCCUACAAGACCGAAGGAAUUUCACCUGUCUGAGAACCAGCGCAAACGCAGCUACAAUGAGUCAAUGGCUGGAGAGAGGAAGACGCCCGAGUUCAGGUCGAUGGCACUCGCCAUUAACCAAUUCCAGACUAGGACACCUGAACGUUUCCGCACUAAGCCAAUUGCUGAACAAAACAAAGGACCAGAGCCUGCUGCGGAUAAACCAAAGCGCAAAAGGCUGACCCACCCGAAGACACCUGCUCUCGAAUCACGCAAUAGACACAGGCCGGUCACUGCUGUCAGUCGAACACAACAAGAAGAACUGGAAGUUGCGGACAUGAGAAACUACAAGUUCAAGGCUAGGCCCGUUGAUCCCCGCGUCUACUCCGAUGUCAGCAUGGGCGUCAAGACGGUCACUCACAAGGAGGCUACCAAGUCGGAAGGAUUCCACUUCGAGACUGACAAACGACUGCUCCAGAGGGAAGCCAGUAAGGUUCACAGUGAGUCGCACUAUGAGUUCCGGGCUAGACCUCUGCCGGCAAAGAUUUUGGCCGGCCCAGUGGGUAUUGCUGAUGCCAAGCCCCAUCCAGUCACCCUUCCAAAGUCACCAGCGUUCGCCCUGAAAAACCGAAUGAGAAUCUACGAGGAAAGAGAAAAAGAAAAGGAGAAAGAGUCCGAGCUCGAAAACACAACCCUGAGCCGAGCGAGACCUGCCAAUCUCAGUGUUGCGCCAUUCAUCCCAACCAUCCAGCAUAAGAAGACGGAGGUGGAGCCCUUCUCAUUCGAUGAUAAGAUCCGAGAGACCAAGGCUCGCAAGGAAGCUAAGAUGCAAGAGCUCCUUCUUGAAGAGGAGAAGGCACGAAAGUUCCAAGCGCAGCCGAUGCCGUAUGGCAACUUGACUGGCAUCCCAGUGAAACAAGUCAAGCCUCCCACGCAGUCAGCGCCGUUUACCGUGGCAGAGAAAGGCGCCAAGCAGGCCGAGGAAUGGCGUAAAAAGAUGGAGGAAGAGGUUAGAGAAUGCAAGCAACUAGCAAGCGCUUUCAAGGCCAAUCCGGCAAACAUCUUGUACGAGGAACCGUUCAUCCCAGAAAAGUCAGCCAAACCCAUGACAGAUAUUUCCAACUUCAAGCUCUACACUGAGCGUCGAGCUGAAGAGCGCAAGGACUUUGAGCAGCGUAAGUUCGACCGCCAGUGCGACAUGGAAGCGGCCCUCGCCCAGCGCGAAACGGAGAAGCAAGAGGAGGAGCGCAACGAGAUCAAUAAGAUACGGGCAGAGAGGGUGCACAAGGCCAACCCCAUCCGGCAAUACAGGACAGUGGAGGUGCUGCCUAGCACUAAGCUUCUCACCCAGGCUACGACGCCCAAGUUCUCCGACAGAACACGACACACUGUGUCUCACGUGUAGCCGCAUAUAAUUGGCUGAAAUACAUAGAUAUGUGGAUAUUAUUUUUUAAAGAUGUCUCUGUGGUGUAGUGUCCCUGUCAUCGUUGAUGUUAUUAAUUUUUCUUUUCAAAUAUGUACACCUCGUUAAUUUUGUUCCAUUGUUUUAUUAAUUGGUCAUUACUUCUUUCUUUUUUUUCUUUCUUUUUUUUCUUCAAAUAAUGUCUUGAAAUCUUACCUGCGAGGGGAUAGAUCAAGUCCCAGUUUCAUGGCUCUGCUUAAUUAUGAUCAACAAAGAAUGGGUGCUUACGAAAGCAGGAAUUAACAUGCUUACGUCAUACAUAUCUCAAAGGUUAGCAGGAAAUUUCUGCUUGUCCACAGCAGAGUCAAUGUUGCUAAGCAUUCUUUGCUUACACUGCUACCUCAGUAAUUUGGUGCUUGCCCUGUAAGCAAAGAGUGGUGAUCGCAAGCUAAGGCAGAGUCCUACAGUAAGCAGAGCCACAAAUUUGGGCAUGCAUUGUUGAGGUCAUUAUUUUGUUUGGUUGUAGAAACCAGUUUUUCAGAGUGAACAUGAAAAAGAUUUGAAUAUACAAUUUUCAUUCUAAAGGAGAUCUGACUAAUUGCCACAAACAGAUGUCUAAUUGACACACUAUCUCAUUUCAGAAAGGCUGGAUAUGAUUCUUGUUUUCCUUGAAAAAAACAUGAUCCACUGCAUGGAAGGAUAAUCUUAUACAAUUAUUUAAAGACAGUGGACACUAUUGGUAAUUGUCAAAGACAAGCCUUCAC